AGUACUUAUGGAGAUGAUAUAGACGAAGGUUGCUGUUGUGACAAUGACGUAGUUCAGGGAGGAUGGGAGAUGAACCACCCCCAUAUGUUCCCAGUCCUAACAACAAUAAUAACCCUUCAGCUCCACCUGCAUACUUUCAAUCACUUCCAGGGGAUCAAAGUAAGGGAGUAGAUUGGCGUUUAAACUCUGCAACAAACCCCAGCGGCAGCCACAGCGGUUAUAUUGAUGGAUACAGGCCAGGCCCCUCUGGGCCUUCUGCUCCCACGUUUUCAGAAGUUGGGACAGACAGCAGCUCCAAAGGAAUAGACUGGUCACUGAACCGCCGACCAGAACCCCCAGCGCGAGCUAAAACUCGACCCCACUAUACAAAUCAUUCUGGCUCACGCCAUCCUGUCUACCCUGGAUUACAAGGACAUGGUUCACAAGGACAUGGUUCACAAGGAAAUGGUUCACAUGGACAUGGUUCACAAGGACAUGGUUCACAAGGACAUGGUUCACAAGGACAUGGUUCACAUAGACAUGGUUCACAUGGACAUCCCUCCGAAAAAUUGGACACGGUGCGAGGUGUAUAUCCUGCUGUACUCAACACACCAGUACCACAGGACCUUUCUAAUACCUUCACCCGGUGGAAACUGGAGUUUAGCAGGCAUUACCCUGGAGCUAAACUGAGCAGAGACACUCCCUCUAUACUAAGGGUGGAGAUUCCUAAGAACAGAGCAUUUCCAGUGGUAGGUCAUGCUACGUGUCCGGACUGUUUCGACCAUGGACCUCACCAAACUCAACAUGUAAAGAAGAAAGACGGAAUCCUGUCAACCAAAAAGUUACCGGCCCAGAAGUGUAGACGAUGUUUCAAGCUGACGUACUUCAUUCACACUGAUGAAGUUGCGGAGGAACACUUACCACGGGAUAAGCCACCUCCUUACACUAACCGCCCCUCUCAGAUUGGGUUUAACAGACAGGGACUGGAGGACUACGGCCACGGAUGGGGGAGCAGCGAGGAUGGGCACGGCUGGAACCCUGGGGAGGGUGAUGGACACGGGUGGGGUAGAACUUAGGUCCGGGUACUACCCAGACUUCAGAGAGAAAAUCUGCACACUCCAUUUCAAUAUUAAUAAUAAUUUGGAUUUAAUGUGAAGAUAAAAUUUGCUAAUUCGGUUUAACGUUAAUGUAAUGAUCAUUGAAUAAAUUAAGUUAUGCUUUAAGUAAACUAGCAGGAACCCGUAUAACCCUAAAUGGUGUCAAGACUCAAGAGACUGAAAUAAUUAUUACCUAUUUAAAUCGCGUUUUUGACACCACAUGGGGGUCCAAAUCUUGGGCUCUAAAAUCCCUAUUCCUUGGCCAAUUUUUUAUUUUUUCAUGCUGAUUUGAAAAGCAUAAAAGCAUUCGACCC